UAUCAGGGCUUUCAGCUAGAUUUACGGAGUCUGAAGUCGAGUGCUACUUUUUGUCAUUUGGUGAUAUCAUUUCUUUAACUAUACUGAAAAACUUUGAUUCUUGUUCGAUUAGGUACAGAAUCAGAGAAGAUGCCGAAGCCGCCAUACUAUUAAUGAACCUGUUCACUAUAAACGAUUGCCAGAUGAGGGUCACUUGGGGUGAGCCAAAAGUUCAAGGUUCUAAGCUUAACACCAAUUUGCUGCAGAGGUGUGAAAUUCCCAGAUACCUAGGAAAAGGCCCAUUGACUCGGUUUGACAAAAUGAGCCCCGAGGAAAUAAAGCAAUGGAAACCUCAAGUUCACGAAAUGUCCGAACCAGCUCCCAGUAUGUACCAUAGUUAUAUAGAAGAUGAAGACAGCUUGCCUUUGCAGCUAUUAUAAUGUACGAAUACAAUUCGCGAUCAGAAAAAAAUCUGAUACUCACAGACAGAAUGCUUCCUAGAAAAGAGCAGAAUAACCUAUCGGUGCCAAUUUCACGAGUUGGAUCGUCUGCAAGGCUAAAUCAAUUGAACUCACCGGGAAAUUUCAAUUCUUUUCCCUCAACACCCAAUGCUUAUCAAGUCUCAUCAUUAAAUCCUAUACGAGCGUCCAGCAGGUCUGUUCCUCCUAAAUCAAUUCAAGAUCAACAGUUUGAAGAGAAAUUCAAUAACCUUGAGAUUGUUCAGAUUGUUAGAGAUUUUGAGGAACAAUUGGCCAAUCUUUCACGAAAGGCCAGUUCAUUUGAAGCUGAUGGACUUGAGGACACAAUCUCUUCGUUAGUUGAUAUCAACCAACAAAUAAUAGAACAAAUUGACCAGCUCGGAAAACACAAACAGUUAGGGGAAACAAUUCAAGCUCUUGAAGAUGAGAAAGUUGGCUUAGCCGAUAGGUCAAGAAGUAUAUUGAAACUGUUGAUAGAGUUCAGAUCUGAGUUGAAUAAGUUACCUUCUUUGCCCACCAACAAGACUGAACCUCAAGAUUCUUUAGCUGACAUGGACAUCGAUGAAGUGUUGAAGUACGGAAUGAAGUUGUCUAAGUUUACAAAAGUUCCCCCCUCGGCCAGUGGAAUGGUAUAUCAAAUACAUCCAAACAAUUUUAUUUGGCCAGCAGAGGAUUCUUUGAGAAGAGGAAUGCUUGCAAUGAGCUCAUUAAAAGGAGACGAAAUCAUACAGAAAGAGUUAGGUAUUAAAGGUAAUGAUAAUGUUCCAACGGAAGAGAUGGAGGAUAUAGAGACUGCUGGAAAUGAAGAUACUUUCAAAAAACCAGCACCAAAAGGUGCAAAUCACAAUAAACUGCUGGACGCAACAAUCGCAGCCGCAGCUCCAACACUUAACUUAGACCUUUUUGAUCCCGAUGAUGAGGAUGAUUCCGAUUAGCUAUGUACAAUAUUACGAACCAUAUUUUAAAAACACCAUAUGAAUGUUGUCUACUUUUCGUUUUUGGCGGGGCCAAAGAUCUCUUGUGGAUGGUGCAAGGAGUUGGCUGAAAACUCUCUUCCCAAAAUGGUGUCGAGUUCCAACUGUCUGGAGUGAUACUCACCCGAGGCCAAAUGAUCUUUGACUAAUUGAGCAAGCCCUGUGAUGAAAGUUUCAUUACCAUUCAUGGAUUCAGCUCUCUUCACCUUUUCAGGAUAAACUAAGUCAUCCAUUAACUCAAUAUCAAGUUCAUGUAAGGUCUCAAUAUGGUCCGAAGUAAACGCAACAGGAACAAGAACGAUUCCGUCAAUAGCUUCGUCUCUUUCUAAUUUCCCAACAAUUUUGGCAGUUUGGGCACCAAGCCAUGGUUUGGGCCCAACCUUGGACUGCCAUACCAAUCUGUAAGGAUACUUGAACUUCAAUUUCUCCAUAAUCGCAUAAACAGUGGCAGCUACUUCGGCAGGAUAAGAAUCACCCCUGUUUACAAUUUGCAUUGGGAGGGAAUGAGCCGAGAAGAUAACGACGACGUUCUUUCUAUUCUCUUCUGGAAACUCGUUGAUCUUUUGUUCAAUAUGUUCUUUAAAUGCUUCAAGGAAUCCGUCCAACUUUGGCCAUCUAUCAAUAAAUGACCAUUCAAUUGACCGUUCGGGAUCCAACUCUAAAGUUGCAUUGUACAACACAUUCAUAGAUGAACCAGUUGUUGAACAGGAGUAUUGGGGAUACUGGGAGAAUGCCACUGCUCGAGUUAUACCAUCCUUCUUCAUUUUGACCAAAGUUUCUUCAGUUAAAGGGUCAGCAUACCUAAAUGCAACAUAAGGUUUGUGCGGAGCAGUCUCUGGGCUGGUUUUAUCCAAAAUUUCACAUACUCUUUUUGAUUGGUACUCAGACCAGUAACGAAUAGGUGAUCCACCACCGAUUUCCUCAUAGUGCUUCUCGAUGGUUGGUGUUCUCCGUCUUGCAAUGAAUUUAGCAGCAAUAUUUUGGAAAGGACCUAACGGAAUCAAAUCUGCAUCAGAGAAAAGUCUGAACAAAAACUGAUGGGUCUCCUUCACGGUGGAAGGUCCCCCCAUAUUCAUGAAGACCACCCCCGUCUUGGGUUUGAUGGCGGUCGAGUUCCACCGCACGAAACGGGUGGUUGUAGGUACUAAUCUCUUCAACAUGAUAUAUGCCUAUGAGCCGUAUGAUAUUUCAGCUACUGC